AUGGAUUUAAUCCCUGCUUUCUGUCUUCCAGGGAAUGUUGGGGACCCCGGGGCCCCCGGGCCGAUGGGCCCCCCAGGAGACAUGGGGACGAUGGGCAUGCACGGCCCCCAGGGAGCCCCCGGCAGAUCCACACCGGGCCCGCCAGGUGUUGUGGGUCUGAGGGGAGAGCCAGGACCCAGAGGGGACACAGGAGAUCCAGGUCAGGUGUAUAUAGGCAAACCAACACCUGGAGAACCUGGAAAACCAGGACGCCCCGGACUCAGAGGACUGAAAGGGGAACCGGGGGCUCCAGGUACUUACUGUCUUCCUGGCGCUCCAGGAGUGUCGGGAGAUCCAGGAGAUCCCGGGCCCCCGGGGACCCGGGGCUUAAAAGGGUUCAAAGGGAGUUAUGGCGACUGUGUUUGUGGCCCCCCAGUUGAACUGAAGGGCCCUCUCGGCCCUGUGGGUGACCUUGGUUCUCAGGGCUUUCCUGGAGCCUCGGGGGCCCCGGGGCAGAGAGGAGAAAAAGGUUUCACUGGAGAUACAGGAGCGCAAGGACAACAGGGUCUGGGUGGAUUUCCAGGAGUCAAAGGGUGUAAAGGGCAGAAGGGCAUUUUCGUUGUGGUGGACUUCAAAGACCAAGUCAAGACCAAGGCCAAAGCCAGUAGAGACCAAGUCAAGACCAAGGCCAAAGCCAGAAGAGACCAAUUCAAGGCCAAGUGUCCAACUGAUCCCAAAUCAGCAGACAAGGCAGGUUUUCAAAGUAGACUUGAGACCGGACCUGAGUACCGCAGCCCUGUGGAGUAG